GGUUCCUACCCGGACCUAUAACAGAGUGCACAGAAGAAAAAUGGCGGCCGACUUGGAGCAAAUUUUCCAAGAUUUUAUUCUGAAUAAAAUAAGAGAAAUUGAAGACCAGAACCAUGAAGAAAAACACGCUGACGGAGAGGUCACCAGCCGUGAAACAGUCGCAGCAGAGAAAGUCGCUCUGCCGGGGAAGGACAAAGAGGAAUCCCCUCGGGUCAGCAGCUCACACAAGAAACACAAGAAACACAAAAAACACAAAAGUAAGAAGAAGAAGAGGAACAGAGAGAAGGAGAGCAGCUCAGAGUCGGGGGAGGAAGGUACCAAAAAAUCAAGAAGAAGAACACCAACAGAUGGGCGUAAGGAGCGAGGUGAGGAGAACGAGAAGAAGUCCAGGAGCCACAAACGACACUCUACAGGAAAGAGGAAGAAGAAGAAGAGGAGGCGGAAGGAUGAAGAGAACUCAUCUGAUUCGGACUCUGAGUCCAAGCAGAGGGAGAGUAAAGGAGGUCAGAAGUUAUCUCUACGUGUGGAGCUGCCUGAUAUCAUCCCCAAACAGGACAGCUCCAGUAAAGGAAGAGGAGACGAAGAUCAACACGACAGGAGGAGUCACCGCUCUCGUUCACACUCACAUUCCCGCUCUCGUUCACAUUCCCUCUCAGAGAGGAGGAGGUCUAGCUCUCCCUCCAGGAGAUCUCGGUCUCGCUCGUCAUGUAGCUCGAAGCGACACAGGACUCAGUCCAGGUCUCCCGAGAAGAGGGAAGCUUUGGACGACUCCAAACAGUCCACACAGGCUCAUUUAGAAGUCCUCCAGCUGCCUCUGCUGGCCUCCAGCUCUCCGCGAGAAAACAUCAAACUAGAGGAGGGGACAGAGUCAAGGACGGAGCUGCCGAGCUCUGAGAGGAGUCAAAGACCUGCUGGGAUAAAAGACGAAGCAGCAGAGGCUCUGACACAAGAACAAGGUUCGGGUGCAUUAGAGUCUGCGCUGAUCCAGUCCAUUCCCGUCCUCCCUGACCAGAGCACAGAGCCCCGCCCCCUUCAGGUUACAGCCACAGAAUGCACCGCUGCUGCUAAAUCUCCAGAGAAGAAGAAGAGGAAACCGUCAAAGUCCCCUCAGAAGAGGAAAGAAGGAAAGUCGUCGAAGAAGCAGAAGAAGUCGAAGUCACCGAGUCGGAGCCACAGGAGAGGGUCCAAGUCCAGAUCCAGAUCCAGGAGUCCGUCUAAGAAGAGGAGGUCACGCUCCAGGUCACGGGGUCGGAGGUCACGCAGGUCCCGCUCUCGGUCAGCAUCCCGCGGUCAAAAGAGAGCCACGUACAGCCAGAGAGACCGCUGGAAACGAGAGCCGAGCCACUCCCCCGUCCUCAUCCUCCGGAAAAACCGAUCCCCGAACAGGAAGCACUGCGACACGAGCGAGAGCCCGCAGCGCAUCAGUGAGCUGGAUAAGGAGCAGUUAUUGGAAAUCGCCAAGGCCAACGCGGCUGCCAUGUGUGCCAAAGCAGGGAUGCCGAUCCCCGCCAGCCUCAGGACCAACAUGCUUCCUCUCGCUCUGCCUAGCAUGGCCAUGAAUGCUGCCAUGGCGAGCAUGACCGCUGCCACCAUGACAGCCGCCUUAUCAAACAUGGGCGCUCUGUCGUUCCUUCUCCCCCCGCUGCCCUCCAUCACCAACAAACCUCCUCCCGUUCCCUCCCAGCCCAACAUGUCCGUUCUGGAGGAGGUGAAACGGAAAGUGGCGAAGCAGGCCAACAGCAUCAGCAUCAAGGAGUACACUGAUAAAUGUAAGAUGAUCGUGGACAGCAAAGGAGAGCUGCCCGUGGCGUUGCCUCAUGUGUCUGACGAAGAGGAUGACGGGAAACCUUUUGGGGCGACGGCUCUACGAGAGCAGAAAGCCAUCAGCUUCAGCAUCAAUAACACGACGGUUCGUCCUGCGGUGCGGAGUGACGCCGGCAUGGCUAAAGAGUUUCCUGUGUCGUCAGGAUGCCAACACCGCAAGAAGGAGGGGGAGACUCUGGGUGCGUACGGAGAGUGGGUUCCUGUGGACAAGUCCACAGAAAAACCUGCUGCCGUCUCCAGAAAGGCUCCAGUUCCCAUAGCAACACCCACCUCAUCCGCAGGUGAAACGGUGACGGUGGUGGCGGCGAGGUUACCUGAGGUCGAGGAGCAGCCGGCGUUCGUGCUGGAUAGUGACAGCGUGUUUCCUGAGCCACCGCUGCAGCCGGUAGAUAUUUCUCAAGCUGUGACAGAGAGAAUUAAAGCUCAAAGGCGAUUGGCAGAGAACCCGUAUGAUGUCAGCGCCAUCUGCAUGCUCAGCCGGGCGCAAGAGCAGGUGGACAUGUGGGCUCAGUCCAACACGGUCCCUGGUCUCUUCACUGGCUCAACCGGAGCUCAGGUCCUCACCUCAGAGGAGCUGUCCACCAGCGGACCGCAGGCGUGGCUCAAGAAGGACCAGUUCCUCAGAGCCGCUCCGGUUUCAGGAGGAGUCGGGGAGUUCCUGAUGAGGAAGAUGGGCUGGAGGACUGGAGAGGGCCUCGGGAGGAACCGGGAGGGAACAGUGGAGCCGAUCAUUAUCGACUUCAAGGUCGACCGCAAAGGACUGGUUGCUGAAGGAGAGAAGCCUCAGAAGCAGACGGGAGGACUUGUGGUGACCAAGGAUUUAAUGGGGAAGCACCCGGUGUCCGCUCUCAUUGAAUUGUGCAACAAGAGGCGGAUAAUGCAACCGGACUUCGUCAUGGUUCAUCACAGUGGUCCUGAUCAUCGCAAGAACUUCCUCUUCAAGGUCACAGUGAAUGGUGUGGACUACCAGCCUCAAACAGCCAGUCCGAACAAGAAGCACGCCAAGGCCAUGGCUGCUACGGUCGCCCUGCAGGCUCUGGGAGAGGUACCCGUCGAUGGACCUGGACUUUACACCGGCCCUGUUUUCACUGCUGCUUCUACUGGACCUUUAUUUUCUACAUAAACUCACAAACAUCAGACUGACGGAUUCUUUAAACUUCAUUUGUGACUUCAUUUAAACCUGUCGGACUGUGACGUUAACCCUGUUGAAUAAACGGUCCAUCACAAACCAGAAAGUUUACACGGAGGACUCUUCAGAUUCUGCAGGUUUUCUACCCUCAGUCAGUGUCACCUCCUCCUUUAAGUUAACGUUGAGGACAUGUUGGUGAAGUUGUUCUGCCGGGCUGCAGGGAGUCCCCAUGGUGUUAGAGUUGGCAUGUGUGUAAGUAUGUAUGUAUGUAAGAUAUGGUAGCAUUUAUUCAGAGAUGUUCUUGGAUGUGUUUUGGUCCUGACGUUACAUUUGUGGCCUCGUUUUAACAAAGUGUUUCUCUCUGAGAGGCUGCUCGACUUUAUGGAACUAACUUACACGUGUAAACAGAAAUAAAGAGUAUAUUUAUGUUA